AUGGCCGUGGAGGGAAGGUCCCGGCUCAGAGAUUCACCAAACAAGUCCAGUGAGCAGAGUGGAGUGGUGGAUGGUCAAGUGAGGCAUCGUCAUCGCGGGGUCACUUCCCCUAAAGGGAGGGCCAGGACCCACCACCCAACCGAGACAUCCCAUCACAGGAAUAAUAGGGGAGCCAAGGAGCAUUUCUUCUCUUACCUCAGCCUAGCCAAUGUAAAGGUUGGGCUCAACCUGGUGUUUGCUGCUUUAUUUGGUCUUUUGCACUGGCGUUACAUAUCAACACUUUUUGAGAAUGACCGCCAUUUUUCUCACCUUUCAACACUGGAACGAGAAAUGGGUUUCCGUACUGAAAUGGGCCUGUAUUAUUCUUAUUUCAAAUCUGUCAUUGAAGCACCAUCGUAUUUUUCGGGGUUGCAUCUGAUCAUGAAUGAUAAUGUUACAGAAUAUCCUAGUGUAAUAAACACUUUUCAUGAGGGCUCACAGUAUGUGAUUUUGGCCAGCUGGUUCCGUACUUACACCACAACAAUGAAAUUUGUUGGCAUUGAGACUAAAAUCUGCUGGACAGUUAAUCGAGGGGGUGAUCUCAGUCCCGUUGAAAGCUGUGAAGGUCUUGGUGAUCCUGCCUAUUUUUAUGUCACCUUUAUAUUUCUUUUAAACGGACUAAUGAUGACCUUAUUCUAUAUCUAUGGGACAUAUUUAAGUGGCAGUCAUCUUGGAGGCUUUGUCACAGUCGUGUGCUUUUUCUAUAACCAUGGUGAGAGCACAAGAGUAAUGUGGACUCCGCCACUACGUGAAAGCUUUUCAUAUCCAUUCCUUGUUCUGCAGAUGUUACUGCUUACGUACAUCUUAAGGACAACGAACAUCGGUAGAAGAAGCCUGAUUGCACUUUGUGCUUCUAAUGUCUUUUUUAUGCUUCCGUGGCAGUUUGCUCAGUUUGUUCUUCUAACACAGAUUGCCUCUUUAUUUGCUGUAUAUCUCAUUGGCUGCCUGGAUUCUGGCAAGUUUUUGAAAAUACUAUAUACCCACAUGGUAUCACUGGCACUGUGUGUAAUACUGAUGUUUGGAAACUCCAUGCUGUUGACGUCCUAUUAUGCUUCAUCCUUAUUGAUUAUAUGUCUGAUUGUUAAGAAGAGAAUAUUUGCAAGCCUUGAAAUGAAGAAUAAGUUUGUGAGUUGGAUAUUGCAGGUCUUGGCUUGGAUUUUGGGUACCAUAAUCCUAAAAGCACUCAUUUCUAGGGUGCUGGGUGUUAGAGAUGAUGCACAUAUAUUCAACAUACUGAAAUCAAAGUUUACAAGCUACAAGGAUUUUGAUACUUUGAUGUAUACCUGUGCACCGGAGUUUGACUUCAUGGAGAAAGAGACACCAUUGAGAUAUUUAAAGACCCUUUUACUUCCAGUAGUGAUGCUGGUGUUUAUCAUCAUUUGUGCUCGGACUUUUAAAAAGAUGUUUUGCCACAGCCAAAGUACCAUUCGAAGAGAAGAAAAUGAAAGAGUGGAGCAUACUAUGAGUGGAGAGCUGUUAUAUCACGCCCUUCAGCUGGUGGCAUUUGCUUUACUUGCCAUUUUAAUAAUGAGGUUGAAGUUGUUUCUUACACCUCACAUGUGUGUAAUGGCUUCUCUCAUAUGCUCCAGACAGCUGUUUGGGUGGAUCUUUAAAAGAUUUCAGUAUCCAGUGGUUAUCCUUAUAGUAGCAUUGAUGUCCAUACAAGGCAUCAGCAACAUUCAAAGCCAACUAAACAUAAAAGGAGAGUUCAGCAACAUAGCUCAGGAGGAACUACUGGAAUGGAUCAACUCCAGUACAAAACCAAAUACUGUAUUUGCUGGUGCAAUGCCCACUAUGGCAAGUAUUAAGCUAUCAACAGGACGUCCCGUAGUCAACCACCCGCACUAUGAAGACGCUGGUUUAAGAGAGAGAACAAAACGGGUUUACUCAAUGUACAGUCGUAAACCUGCUAAAGAAGUAAAGAAAAUCUUAAUGAAAAUGGGAGUGCAUUACUUCAUAUUGGAAGACGGAUGGUGCAUACGAAGAACGAGGAGUGGGUGCAGCAUGUCGGAGAUCUGGGAUAUUGAAGAUCCAUCCAAUGCUGGCAAGACUCCAUUGUGUUCUCUUUUGGCCAAGGAGUCAUUGCCACAUUUUCCCACUAUUUUCGAAAAUAAUGUUUACAAGGUUUUAAAAGUUGGCAAUUAA